UCAUUCCCCAUCUGGACUGCGAAGCUUGAACGUUUGGACGGUCGGUAAAUAUUUUGUCCCUCGUAACUUGAGUUCAUCGUAAAGAAACUUCUUGUUUUCAGUUUUAUUAUUUACGUGCGCGUAAGAUGGGGACUUUUAAGUGUGAUAUUUCUCAAACGUUUGAGAAGUGGGCAUCAAAACGCUUAGUCCAUUUCCUGUUGUUUUAAACUAGCGAUUCCUGGCGGUAUUUUUAUAGACUAACCUAAACUUUUUCUUUCGUGUGUUAUCUUUGUCCGUCGUCAUUUCUGUUGUGCGCAACCGUGAGAAAGUACUGGUUAUAUCAUUUUAAUUGAUCAUAAGUUUUAAAAUAUUUUUCCUCUUUAGUUCUGAAAGACGUUGUGGUUGAUUGAAGUGAACAUCAUACAUGCAGUGCUGAAAUGUAAGUCUGAACAUUAGAUAUCAUAAAGACGGUGCAUUGUAGAAACUACUGGAACACGUCUUUCUUCUAACGGAAUGAAUAGCAGUGUGUAUAGUUUGAAGAAACUCCUGGCCGGCGCUGUGGAGCCCAGAACAUUCGUCCAGCUUUAAAGUGACUUCCGCCUACUUACACCUUCGCUUUAGUUGACUUGGAACGCGUCGUGACGUAUCGCACUUCAGUCACGUGCCAAUUCGCCCACAAUCACCGACCGUGAUCCACCUGAAACAAUUUCUAACUUCCAUUUGUUUUUUUCUGUUAGGACAGCCAGAAUCCUAUUAGGAUUUCAGAACACCUUUCCUGAAAUUGUCCAGUAUUUGCCUUUAGUUAGAGUUCAUGUACGAAACAUUUAAUGUGAUCACAGUUAAAAUCUUUGAGAAAUACUUUCAUAUUACAUUCAGGUUAACAAGCGAAAUUAACUGCACUCAACGUGUUUUAUAAUCUCAGUAGUUGACGUGUGAUAAAUCUUGUCGUUCAGAAUUACUGUAUUUGAUACUUAAACCAAGAUUAAAGAGAAAUAUGUUUAUCUAAAAAAAAAUUUAUUUAGAAAAGCCUACUUUAAAAUUCUAAUAAAUCAAAUCUGUCAUUUGAAACUAUAUUAUCGGUUAUAGAAGUAACUCCAGAAACUUACCAUUUUAAUAUCCAAAUAUUUAAUUUAGUUUUAUUCCUUUACCGAAUUUAAAAUAUCUCACUAAUGAGCAUCGUUAGAUGAUAAAACGAGUAUGAUUUUCAUCUUAAAAUAUCCUAAUGGAUAGGGCAAGAAGGCUAUACAUUUAAGCUAGUUUAAACUUAAACCACAAAAUCCAUUUUAAACAUAACCUCUACUAGCUUAAUAGUAAGCCAAAAUAUUAUCUUGCCUAAUCAUGACAUCCGGUAACCUUAAAAAUAAUUACCAUUUAUUAAUGCAUAUAAAAUACCCACUCAUCUCCAAAAUCUUAAUAAUCCUGGUAUUGUUGCCAGUGAUCAUUUGUCUGUCCCUAAAUAACGCCGUGAGAGAUUUGCAGAAAAACACAGAUUAUCCGUCUGAGCAAUGGAACAUGCACAUUGCGAUCGCAUUCAGUGAAACACACACGCAGACGUUCUCCCGCGCUUUUAACAAAGCCAUGAACAACGUCACGAGGCUGUUCGUGGAGAAUUAUCACCAGCAUAAUAUCACUUUAUCGCCACUUAUGAUUAUUCUUCCGCAAAAUCAACAGUUCUCCUCCGCCAUUUUAGAGAAAACGUGUUCGCUGCUGGAAGGGAAACACGUAGUCGCUGUGCUGAUAAUUGGCGGAAGUCCCGCUGGGUUUGCUGUGGCGCUGGCGGCUGGAACUGCUGGGAUUCCCGUUCUGUGGGCCAGAGGGGGAACGGGAGAUUUGGUGGGAUAUUUCCAAUCGGAGCUGAGCCCUCUUGAGGUGCGUUUAGAGCCGUCUGUACGCGAGAUGUUGGAGGCUGUACGCGCCAUGGUGUUAGCGACGCACUGGCAUUCUUUCACGGUCCUGGCUGACAGCGAAUCGUCCUCAGGCGUCUUGCUCCGUCGAGACCUGGCAUCCAUCUUGAAUACCCCACCGCUAAACCCGACUUUGCUCAUCCUACGGUCAGGCACUGCGGCACGACACUCAAUUUUUAGGCGGCUGGCGGAUAUCUCGCGUUCUACGAGAGGUGUGAUUGUUCUCAUAUGCAACUUGCAGACAGCCAGGCAGGUCACAACCGAAGCAAAACGUCUCAAUAUGAUGAGUGGUCACUUCGUGUGGUUGUGGAUUGAUACUAGUGCAUCUUCAACACUCGUUUCUGCAACAAACAUCCAGUUCCCUACCGACAACAACAGCAGAAGCGAUCCGAACACCUUCAACUCGACGUUCGAUAAUCCGAAUGCCCCAGAACAGUCCUUGAGAUCAAGACCGAGGUCCUCAUCCAGUAAAAGACACGAAAGAGGGUCAAAUGAUGACAAAACCCAGUGGGACCCCUCAUUAAGCAAUAAUAGUAAGGUAGUUGAUGGUAUAUUUACCACCGGAAAUCCCGAAGAAGUUGUCAGAAAGCCAAGAGAUAUGGAUGUGACGUCAGGUUCAGCGCAAGAUGUCAAAACCUUUAACGUGUUAUCAACAAACUUAAGUGAAAGUGGUCAGCCGAAUUUUACCGACGUCCUAAGACCGUCAGGUCACAAAGAGAAUUUCAUUGGUGAGCCCGAUAUUAACAGUAAUAAAGAUACGUUUACAAAUUCAGCAUCCAGAAAAAUGGGGUUUAACGAUUUGGAUUUUGUUUUGAAAUCAGACGAAUCGGGUACGCGUAAUAUAAAAAACGUUAUAAAGGCUAGUGAUGGUGUAGAACUUUUAGGUCAGGAAAGAAUAAGUGAUAUUGUAAAUUUUAGGGAUAAUAAGCUAAGAUCAGAGCUUGUUCAAAGUACGAGGAGUGAUGGAUGGGUUUAUAAUGAAAAUAUAAAUGACGGAAGUGAACGUUUUAAGGUUAGGUUACCGGGUUUUAAUGAACAGGAUUUGGACGACGACGUGGAUGAAGCACUUCCGGUAGGAUUGUUAGCUUUGAGGACGCAACCUAUGCGACUGGAUCGCCAUCUGGUGAAAGGUGCUGUUCGUCUGGUGGCAGAAACUUUGCUCGGUGUUCUCACCCGGUGUGCAGCGUGGAUGCCUGCACCACCCUCGUCCGUCAACAGCUGUUGGACGACGCCAUCCGAAUCGUACCGAAACUUCUCAGACAUGUUUGCGAGGGAAUUGCGAACAGCAGUAAGAGAAUCUUUGGUGGGCAGGAGAGAAUCUGAAGUCAGUGGUAAAGUAGACAGAUCGCUUGUAGCAUCGUUUGAUGUUCUAAACCUGGUACAAGAAAAGAGUGCAACCGACAACGAGGGUACUCUGGGUCUCAACGAACCUGAGGGCGAGAGUGUCGCUGUUUCGUGGAAGUUGGUGGGCGAAGUUGUAGGGCGAGGAGUUCGCCUGGACACAAUCGUGUGGCCGGGAGGUGACCUGGUUGUAGCAGGUCUCUCUCCUCGUGCUCGGAGUGUGUUUCGUAUCGUAACAGCUCUGGCCCCACCGUUCGUGAUGGAGGGCGAGUUGGACGAGGACGGGCAAUGUCUGCGCGGCCUACCCUGUCACCGGGUCCUCACAUCUGACAAGGACAACCUCACGCUUGUCUUCAACGAGAUGGAGACCAAUGAACGGCUAGAGGAAGAAGAACUAUCUUUGAUUGACGAAGAUUCAGUGUUAAAUAUUCUGACAGCGAAGACAGUUCGCGAUACGGAAUCCCAACCCAACGGUCAGAAUUCUGAUGACGUCAGACGUCGGCCAUUUGCAUCGUCUUCCCCGACAUUUGAGCUGCCUAAUAGUCACCAACGAUACAAAUACAAGACGAAUUGUUGUUAUGGUCUAGCAAUGGACUUGCUUGAGAAUAUUGCUCAAGAACUCGAAUUUGACUUUCAUCUUUAUAUAGUAGCAGAUGGUCUUUUUGGAACUAAGUCUCGCGAUGUCCAACAAUCUUUUCACUCAAGAGCGAAGAAUACGGUUGUUGAACGUGGUGAUCCAAAAUGGAAUGGAAUUGUUGGUGAUUUGGUUUCUGGUGCAGCGCAUAUGUCAUUCGCGGCUUUGAGUGUUUCAAGUGCUAGGUCAGAGGUCAUAGAUUUCUCAGCUCCGUAUUUUUUUAGUGGCGUGAGCUUCCUGGCAGCUCCGACACAGAAAAGUGAAAUACCACUACUCGCGUUUUUGUUACCGUUUAGUCCAGAGCUCUGGAUCGCGAUAUUUACGUCGCUGAACAUAACUGCAAUGGCGGUCGCCGUUUACGAGUGGUGGAGUCCGUUCGGGUUAAACCCGUGGGGUAGGCAGAGGAGUAAGAAUUUCAGUAUUGCGUCCGCGUUGUGGGUGAUGUGGGGACUGCUCUGCGGACACCUGGUGGCAUUCAAGGCCCCAAAGUCGUGGCCGAAUAAGUUUCUCAUCAACGUCUGGGGAGGAUUCUCGGUUAUAUUCGUGGCAAGUUACACCGCCAACAUCGCAGCCCUCAUAGCCGGACUAUUUUUCCACAAUGACGUCAGCAACUACCACGACCGAAGCUUGCUGAGUCAGCGAGUGGGAGCUCCAAGGGCCUCGGCAGCCGAUUAUUACGUCCACCGCGCCAAUCAACGUCUGUGGGAACACAUGCAGAAAUAUGCAGUAAUAGAUGUUGAAGAUGGGAUUCAGCAUCUCAAGAAUGGAUCUCUCGAUAUUUUGAUCGCUGACACGCCAAUCUUGGAUUACUAUCGGGCGACGGAUCAUGGCUGCAAACUGCAGAAGGUUGGCGAUGCCAUCAACGAAGAUACUUACGCUGUAGCCAUGGCGAAGGGUUUUCCACUUAAGGACAGUAUCUCCGCGGUGAUAGCUAAAUACUCUAGCAAUGGAUAUAUGGACAUCCUUCAGGAGAAGUGGUACGGUGGCCUCCCGUGUUUCAAACUCGCCACCGACAUCGCCCAGCCACAACCUCUGGGAGUGGCAGCUGUCGCAGGGGUGUUUAUACUACUUGGCUUAGGAAUGGUGUUAGGUUGCCUCAUUCUUAUUUUUGAACAUUUAUUCUACCGGUACACCCUUCCAAUUCUUCGACAUCAGCCGAAAGGAACGAUUUGGAGGAGUCGAAAUAUAAUGUUCUUCAGUCAAAAACUGUACCGAUUCAUCAACUGCGUAGAGCUCGUAUCUCCACAUCACGCGGCAAGAGAACUUGUUCACACGAUUAGGCAGGGGCAGAUAACGAGCCUUUUCCAGAAGAGUGUUAAGAGGUUUCAUCCAGAUUCUUAA